AUGUCUCAUCGCUACCCGUGGCUACAAAAGCUCUCCCACAGGGGCAGAAGUAACAUCAUGGUCAAAUACGUCCCUUUCAAAGCCCCCUAUGAAAACAUCCUACCACGUCUGAUCGACUUUAACAGUCCUUCCCAUGUUUCUGCAAAGGAGCUUUACGACCGGAUGCCCGCCGACCAACUCAACUGGCGCAUUGUCACCAACGUGAGUGCGAAACAGGUCCCAUAUGCCAUUCUGCGGAAUCACACCAGGAACAGAUACUACGCAGCCUUCAGCCUGGCCCUGAAGGAACAGGGCUACCACACAAAUGGCAAGCUGCUCAAAGACGCCCUUGGUGCAGGACAUGGACCCCAGCAACCACUCAAGGGAACCCUCGAACUCUAUGUUUUCCACAAUAAGGUCAAUGACAUGGCCUUUGAUAAAUUGAGAAACGACGCAGCGCUGGUUAUUGAGGCUGUCCGCAAG